AUGUCACUCGACUACCUUGUCACACAUCAUGAGGCGACCCUUCAGAUCGUUUUUGAAUCUUAUAGAACGGAUUUGCCACUGAUCAUCAAACAGAAGACAUGCCAAUUGUCCAAUUUCAUGCAGGAGGAAUUGGAACAAAAACUGUUUCCACAUCUUCCAAGAAAGCCAAAAAAUGGACGACGGAUCCACCGCGAAUGGAAUCUUGAGCUGGGGAAAGCGCUGGAACAUGUGAAAUUAUCCAACAAGAAUGUUAUGAGCCAUGAGUGUCUCACAAACACCCUUCGGUCCUACAGGGAGGGACAUGACUUCUUGGAUGACCAGACCUUGGACGAACCCACCCGGCAAAACGGGAUCAAUGAUUAUAGCAAAUGGGUAAAGUCUAUACUUGGUAUAUUUCGGCUGCAUACUGGAUCACUGGGAAUCAUUCCGCUCCAGAAUACUCCAGUGGUAUGGAAAGCUAUGAAAAAGGCGACUGAAAGAGAAUUCGCAACUAUUUCGAUGGGAAAUGCUAAGGUCCUAGUAGCAUGUCUGAGACGUGCUCAGAGAGCUAUCCGAAAUGUGCUAGUACUUGACAGAAUUUGUCAGUGA